AUGAAUCCCGAGAGGAUAAGCAUUCACAGUUACAAGUUCGUGGAACCUCAGCUGACUGUCUUGAGAGGAUUAGGGGCACGUCUAGUUAUUGGAAACAAAGAUGACUUCAAGACGUCUUAUGGCAACCUUUUGGGAAUACAAAACAUUGAAGUCAAUACCACUAUUUUGCACACUCUGGUGCAAUUCUACGACCCUCCAUUGAGAUGCUUUACAUUCCAGGAUUACCAGUCGGCACCCACAUUGGAAGAGUAUUCACAUAUUCUAGGUAUUAAGAUCAAGAACCAAAUGCCUUAUGUUCCCACUAAGGAACUCCCCAAAUAUCAAGUCCUUGCUAAAGCCCUCCACAUAGGGAAGAAGGAAGUGGAGCUAAACUUGAAACCUAAAGGUGGAAUUCAUGGCUUCACCUCAAAGUUUCUAGUAGACAAAGUCGUUGCCUUCGUCGAAGCUGGGAGUUGGAUUGCCUCCAACGCCAGUCUAGCUAUACUAAUUUAUGGGAUCGUAUUGUUUCCGAACAUGGAAGAAUUCAUGGAUCUGGCUGCUAUUCACAUCUUUCUAACUCAGAACCCUAUUCCCACUCUUCUUACUGAUACUUAUUACUCCAUCCACGUGAGGACCCAGAAGAAGAAGGGAACCAUCGUCUGUGGUACCCAUUUGCUGUAUAGAUGGUUUAUUUCGCAUCUACCCAGCAAAGGCCCUUUCGUUGAAAACAAAGACAAUUUGAAAUGGUCUCAGCGGAUCAUGCCCUUGAACGCUGAAGACAUCUUCUGGUAUUCUCGAAUCUACGACAGCGUCAAACUCAUCCUCAACUAUGGUGAUUUUCCUAAUGUACCUCUUCUUGGUAAGAAAGAGGGAAUCAAUUACAAUUCGAGGUUGGCAUUACGACAAUUGGGAUACCCCAUGGUAGAUAAGCCUCAUCUCAAAGGUGUAGAAGGUUUUGUCUUGUAUGAAGAUGUUGAAGAUCCAGAAUUAGUCAGGAAGAUCGUCAAGGCUUGGGUAGCAAUUUGUACACAAGGGAGAGCAAAAAUGGGUAAGAAGAAUUGCAUUUCCAAGGAAGCUUACACCAAAUUGGUAAAAGAUAGGGUCAAUGAGAUUUUGCUGCCAUUUCCAUUUGAACCGUCCAUGAGCAUCAAGCCCUCAGAACCAAUGAUCCAUCAAACUUAUGAGAUCGAUGAGCUAAAAAGAGUUAUCAAGGCCCUAGAGAAAGAGAACACUGAUCUUAAGUAUAUACUUGGUAAAAUCUCAUUGGAGAAAGAAACUUUGAAGUUCAACUUGAAUCAGAAAAGAGCUAGGGUGCGCCAAGCAGAUGACGAAGUGCAAACUGAGGUGUUCAAAUGA